AUGACUGAUAAGUGCUAUAUGUGUUUGCUGGGAAUUCUUUGUCCACUUCUCACAGGUAUAAAUGGAGCAGAAGUGACUCAUGUGUUCUGCAGUUCUGGUGAAAAUGUCAGUCUGCCCUGUAAUAAUGCUCUUUCUGGCUGCACAUCAACUACAUGGAACUAUAACAGACAUUCAAGUGCAGUUGAACUGGUUGCUGGAGGGAAAAAGAAGAAUGACAUAGAGAGACAUGAGAGACUGAAUGUGGGCUCUGACUGCUCUCUGAACAUCAAUAAAGUUACAAAAGAAGAUUAUGGAUCUUACACCUGCUGUCAAUAUGUGAAUAGACAAGAAUAUGGAACUGAUGUACACGUUUAUCUGCAUGUUCUUCAAGUCUCUUUAUCAUCCACAGAGACUGAAAUCAGACCAGGCAGCUCUGUGACUCUCUCCUGUCAGUUGUAUCAUUAUCAAAUCUUUUGUGAUACUUUAGUCCGUACUGACGGAAUUCAGCUGAUCUGGGUGAAUCAGACUGGUGUGAAUCUGACAACAGACUCCAGAUAUCAGAUAUCACCACCAGGACACUGUAUCAGCACUCUGACUACAACACUCCUGAAUGAAGAUCACAACAGAGAGUGGAGAUGUCAGGUUACUCAGAGAAAUGAAGUGAAGACCUCAGCUGCAUACAUUGUCAAAUAUUCAACUCCAGUCACGACACAGACAGUGACUACAGUCACCAGCUCAAAGACAGCCACAACUACAAAUACAUCAGUAAUUUCCACACAACCAGUGAUUGGAAUUGUUGUUGCUGCUGCAUUUGCUGUUCUUACUGUUGUUAUUCUUUUGGUGAUUUGCAAAAAAAAGAGCUGAUAAAAGAAGAGGGACUAAUGACUCUGUGGUCACAAAUAUAAAUAAACAUGAUGGAACCAAUGGUACAAUCAACAUUUCCAUACAUUCUACUCCUAGCACUAAUGAGCAGAAAGAAGAUGAGGUGACUUAUACUGAGGUUGCUACAUACAGCAAAAUCCAAGCCAAAAAGAACAGGGUUAAUGAUGAUAAAGUGACUUAUGCUGCCAUAAGAGGAGGAACAGUUGGACCUCAGAAUAACAGCAGUCAA